AUGUCCUGGUCAUCACAGGAGGUUCAGCAAAAUAAUGGUUACAGAAGGAAUGAUGGACAUCAAAAAGCUAAUACAGGGGAAAAGCCAUUGUCAUGUUUAGAGUGUGGGAAAUGUUUUACUUAUAAAUCAAAACUUGUUAGAAAUCAAGGAACUCACAGAGGAGAGAAGCCAUUUUCAUGUUCAGAAUGUGGAAAAUGGUUUACUGGGAAAUCAAGUCUUCUUCUACAUCAAAGAACUCACACAGGAGAGAAGCUAUUUUCAUGCUCAGAAUGUAGAAAAUGUUUUACUCAGCAAUCACAUCUUGUUGCACAUCAAAGAACUCACACAGGGGAGAAGCCAUUUUUAUGUUCAGAAUGUGGAAAAUGUUUUACUAAUAAAUCGCAACUUGUUAAUCAUCAAAGAACUCACACAGGAGAGAAGCCAUUUUCAUGUGCAGAGUGUGGGAAAUCUUUUACUGACAAAUCAAGUCUUGUUAAUCAUCAAAGAACUCACACAGGGGAGAAGCCAUUUUCAUGUGCAGAGUGUGGAAAAUGUUUUACUUAUAAAUCAGAACUUGUUAGACAUCAAAGAACUCACACAGGAGAGAAGCCAUUUUCAUGUUCAGAAUGUGGAAAAUGUUUUACUCAGCAAUCACAACUUGUUAAACAUCAAAUAACUCACACAGGAGAGAAGCCAUUUUCAUGUUCAGAAUGUAGAAAAUGUUUUACUCAGAAAUCACAUCUUGUUAAACAUCAAAGAACUCACACAGGGGAGAAGCCAUUUUCAUGUGCAGAGUGUGGGAAAUGUUUUACUGAGAAAUCAAGUCUUGUUAACCAUAAACUAACUCACACAGGGGAGAAACCAUAUUCAUGUUCAAAAUGUGGGAAAUGUUUUUCUCGAAAAUCAAGACUUGUUAAACAUGAAAAAACUCACACAGAGGAGAAGCCAUUUUAAUGUGCAGAGUGUGGGAUAUGUUUUACUGUGAAAUCUAAUCUUCUUAAACGAAGAACUCACACAGGUGAGAAGGCAUUUUCAUGUGCAGAAUGUGGGAAAUGUUUUACUGAGAAAUCAAGUCUUUGUAAACAAACUCGCACAGGGGUAAAACCCUAUUCAUGUUCAGAAUGUGGGAAAUGUUUUUCUCACAAAUCAAGUUUUAAACAUGAAAGAACUGUUCAAGACCUUGAGCCCCAAUUUAUUUCUAUUUAUUUAUUCAUUUAUUUUGUCACCUUGGGUAUAGGUGUCUUAAUUGGGCAGCCCAGGUCACAUGGUCGCUCGAGUGACAAGAGCCUCUCCAAAUCUCAGCAUAUGGCUACUCAGGAGCCUGCACGUAAAAGGAGAGGGGGUCAGCCACAUUCCAGCCAACAGGUCUCUGAGUCCUCCUCCUCGGAAUCCGAGACUUCAGAGUCAUCAUCUGACUCAGAGGAUGCCAUCACUGAAGACAAUUAUUUGUUCAGGAAAGAACAGACAGACAAGUUGAUCAAGGCAGUAAAAAACACUAUGAAGGUAAAGCAAGGCGAGUCUUCAACACAAGACAAGGACAGCCUGUUUUACUUCCCAAAGAAGAAAUACAGGACAUUUUCGGGCCAUCCAAUGCUUAAAACCAUCAUGGAGAGAGAAUGGGUAAAGCCAGAAAAAAGAGUUGACCUUGGAUCAAGGUUCAAAGCAGUCUACAAACUAGAUCCUGCGGAUUCAGAGCAGUGGGAAAGUCCUGGUAAAGUUGACGCCACAGUGGCAAAACUCUCCAAAAAGACACUGUUACAGUCUGAAGAUUCCUCUGUUCUCAAAGAUUCUCUGGACAGGAGGAUGGAUGUCCUACUGAAAAACGGAUAUCUGAAUUCAGCCGCACUGUGUAAGACAGCGCUUGCAACAGUUCCUGUAUCCAGAGCUCUGAGAUUGUGGCUUAGUCAGCUAGGUCGAGACAAUGAGCAGAGGGCGCCAAGGGAGGAACUAUAUCGGCAGGUUACUUCGCUAAAGACAGUUGCAGAGUUCCAAUGCAGCAAGAAGAGCAGUGUUGCUAAAGCCAUGUCUGAAGCACUUUCCGAAGGAGACCGUUCCAUAGCAGGGACAGAAGAUUCGGAAGAGGUCAGCAGACCAAAGGAAAGAAAAAACAGCCGGAGGGUUCUCAGUCCAAAACGGAUUUCUGAAGCCAGAGGUCAGAUCACGGUCGGCUCAAGACUUUUACGGUUCCUGCCUGCUUGGGAAGAUAUCACGACCGACAAAUGGGUCUUAAGUGAUGUCAGAGCAGGAUACAAGCUGAUUUUUCUUAAUCAUCCUCGGGAAAGGUUUGUGUUCAACUGUCCGGAAAAUCUGGUUAUUUUUCAGUUAAUCCGAGAAUUCCUUCAAAAAGAGGCUCUGGAAGAAGUUCCUCAAGAAGGGAGAGGUCAAGGCAUCUUCUCACGGGUCUUUCCAGUUCCCAAGCCGCAAAACAAGUUUCGGCUGGUGAUCGACCUCAGAUUUUUCAAAAAAUUUCUAAAGAAAGAAAAGUUCAAGAUAGAGACUAUAAGAUCUGCAAUCCAUCUUAUACAAAAAGGUUCUUUCAUGGCGUCCAUAGAUCUUAUGGAUGCUUAUCUGCACGUGCCGAUUCACCCUGCUUCAAGGAAAUAUCUCAGGGUGGCUAUCAAGAUGGAACAAGGGGUACAACACUAUCAAUUCCACUCUCUACCGUUUGGGGUGUCUUCGGCGCCCAGGGUGUUCACAAAAGUGGCCAUAGCAGUGGUGGUGGCUCUUCGUCUUCAAGGGAUACACCUGGUGCCCUACUUGGACGACUGGCUCCUGAUAGCAGAUUCUUCGGAGGAGUUGGAACAUCACCUACAGUCGACUUUACGGAUGUUACAGGAGGUUAUCACAGCAUACGAGGAACAGUCUCAAAUGGUGGCUGGUCAAGAAAAAUCUUCAGGAUGCAGCUUGAAACCUUCAGACAGUAUCCUGGUUACAACAGAUGCCUCGAAGUUGGGCUGGGGAGCCCACGUAGCAGAUCUGUGGGUGCAGAGGUGUUGGUCCCAAGAAGAAUCAUGGAUGUCAUCCGACCUGCGAGAAAUGAGGGCGAUGGAGUCUGCCGGACUUCCAUAUGAUGGCCACACGAGAGAUUCUGAAGAUUUCCAGAUUUGCUUCCCUAAAUCACCAGGAUCAUCCGGACAUCUUGAAUGCCCUCACAAUUUCGUAGCAAGGUCUCCACAUUUAUCUGUUUCCCCCUCCAGUGAUGAUAGGUCGGGUGAUCAGGAAGAUACUGACGGACAAGCCGGAUGUCAUCCUGAUAGCUCCCUACUGGCCGAGGAGAGUAUGGUUUCCAAUACUUCUGCGGAUGUCGAGGGGCAGGUGCCUCAAGUUUCCUCCCCACAGAGAUCUCCUGGUCCAGAAAGGCUUUCAUCAUCCACGGCCAGAGAAACUGCACUUUACUGCAUAGAGUUUGAGAGCGCUAAAUUCCGGAUGACUGGUUUGUCAGAAGAAGUCAUAUCCACUCUUCUAGCGGCAAGGAGAAAAUCCACCAAUGCUCUGUACUCCAAGCUUUGGAGAAAGUUCACAUCUUGGAGACAGGAGAAGAGUCGGGAUGAGGUGUCCUUGCCAGUUAUCUUAGAGUUCCUGCAGGAUGGCUUCAACAAAGGUUUGAGACCCAACACCUUAAGAGUCCAUAUGACUGUGAUCAACUCUUUCAUGGAUGGAAGAUUUGCUAAUCAUCCGGUAAUAGCAAGAUUCUUCAAAGCCUUGAAACAACUAAGACCAGUAAUCCGUCCUCCAGUCUCUACGUGGGAUCUCACUCUCGUCCUAAGAGCCCUGACAAUGCCUCCCUUUGAGCCUCUACAAGAAGUUUAUCUGAAAUGGUACCUGCCAGAACCACAAGAUGAAGAAGAAAGGCUCCUACAGAAUCUGGAUGUCUCGUCGGCUCUGUCAUGUUACCUGGACAGGACGAAGGAGUUCCGGGUAGAUGAAAACCUGUUCAUCCAGUUUGUUGGAGCCAGAAAAGGGAAAAAAGUUGCCAAGGAUAAAAAAAAAGUUGCCAUCUCGGACGAGAUGGCUGAAGUGGCGGUCUAUUUCUCCAUGGAGGAGUGGGAGUAUGUAGAAGGACACAAGGAUCAGUACAAGGAUCAGGUCAUGAUGGAGGAUCAGCAGCCCCUCACAUCACCAGUCAGAUCCAGUAAGAGAACAGCACCAGAAAGGUGUCCCUGUCCUCUUGAUGAACAGAAUAUGAAGGACAUUACUACAGGGAAAGAUCUCAUCUAUAUUAAUGCUACAGACAUAAAGGAAGAAGAGACAGAUGUGAGCGGUGAUGAGCAGUAUAAGGAGGACAUUCCUACAGGGAAAGAUCUCUUUUAUAUUAAUGCUACAGACAUAAAGGAAGUAGAAGAGACAUAUGUGAGCGGUGAUGACCAGUAUAAGGAAGUCAUUUCUACAGGAAAAGAUCUGAUCUAUAUUAAUACUACAGACAUAAAGGAAGAACAAGAGACAGAUGUGAGCGGUGAUGAGCAGUAUAAGGAGAACAUUCCUACUGAGAAAGAUCUGAUCUAUAUUAAUGCUACAGACAUAAAGGAAGAAGAACAAGAGACAGAUGUACGUAGUGAUGAGCAGUAUAAGGAGGACAUUCCUACAGGGAAAGAUGUGAUCUAUAAUAAUGCUACAUACAUAAAAGAAGAAGAAGAAGAGACAGAUGUGAGCGGUAAUGAGCAGUAUAAGGUGGACAUUCCUACAGGGAAAGAUCUGAUCAAUAAUAAUGCUACAGGCAUAAAGGAAGAAGAGACAGAUGUGAGCAUUGAUGAGCAGUAUAAGGAGGACAUUUCUACAGAAAAAGAUCUGAUCUAUAAUAAUGCUCCAGACAUAAUAGUAAAAGCAGAAGAGACAGAUGUGAGCGGUGAUGAGCAGUUUAAGGACAUUUCUACAGGUAACCACCCAGAUUCUUGUACCAGGAGAUCAGAGGAGAAUCUUAUAUCUUCAGAUUAUAAAGCAGAUGAUGAUAUCACACAAGAUACAUAUGAAGAACAUUCCAUUAUCCCAGAUACACCCUCAGCCCUUCACAGCCAAGAUCUGUCAUCUCAUCCUUAUAUACAGGUCCUGUCUUCUCAGUCAUCACAGGAUGUUCAGCAAAAUAAAAGUCACAGAAGGGGUGUUGGACAUCAGAAAGAUUGUGCAAAGGAAAGGCCAUAUUCAUGUUCAGAAUGUGGAAAGUGUUUUACCAAGAAAUCAAAUCUUGUGAGACAUAAGAGAAGCUACAAAGGAGAGAAGCCGUUUUCAUGUCCACAAUGUGAGAAAUGUUUUACUGGGAAACAAGGUCUUGUUCGCCAUCAAAGAACUCACACAGGAGAGAAGCCAUUUCCAUGUUCAGAAUGUGGGAAAUGUUUUACUCAGAAAUCAUACCUUGUUGUACAUCAAAGAACUCACACAGGAGAGAAGCCAUUUUCAUGUUCAGAAUGUGGGAAAUGUUUUACUUAUAAAUUAGACCUUGUUGUACAUCAAAGAAAUCACACAGGAGAGAAGCCAUUUUCAUGUUCAGAAUGUGGAAAAUGUUUUGCUUUUAAAUCAUGUCUUGUACAUGAAAGAACUCACACAGGAGAGAAGCCAUUUUCAUGUUCAGAAUGUGGGAAAUGUUUUAAUUAUAAAUCAGGUCUUGUUGUACAUCAAAGAACUCACACAGGAGAGAAGCCAUUUUCAUGUUCAGAGUGUGGGAAAUGUUUUGCUCAGAAAUCAGAUCUUGUUAAACAUCAAAGAACUCACACAGGGGAGAAGCCAUUUCCAUGUUCAGAAUGUGUGAAAUGUUUUACUCAGAAAACAGACCUUGUUUUACAUCAAAGAACUCACACAGGAGAGAAGCCAUUUUCAUGUUCAGAAUGUGGGAAAUGUUUUGCUCAGAAAUCAGAUCUUAUUAAACAUCAAAGAAUUCACACAGGGGAGAAGCCAUUUCCAUGUUCAGAAUGUGUGAAAUGUUUUACUCAGAAAUCAGACCUUGUUUUACAUCAAAGAACUCACACAGGAGAAAAGCCAUUUUCAUGUUCAGAAUGUGGGAAAUGUUUUGCUCAGAAAUCAGACCUUGUUGUACAUAGAAAAACUCACUCAGGAGAGAAGCCAUUUUCUUGCGCAGAAUGUGGGAAAUGUUUUGCUCAGAAAUCAAUUCUUGUUAAACAUCAAAUAACUCACACAGGGGAUAAGCCAUUUUUAUGUUCAGAAUGUGGCAAAUGUUUUACUCGCAAAUCAGACCUUGUUGUACAUCGAAAAACUCACACAGGAGAGAAGCCUUUUUCAUGUUCUAACACAGGGGAAAACAUGAAGCAGAGCAAAAAAUUAUCUUGGGUACAGGAAGAUAAAUCAUGUGCAGGAAUAUCCCCUCAAGUGUCUCCAUAUAACAUCCUGGAAUUGUAUAGAAUUAAAUGUUUAUUCACAAUACAGGUUCCUAUAAGGUGUCAGGACGUGGCGGUCUAUUUCUCCAUGGAGGAGUGGGAGUAUGUAGAAGGACACAAGGAUCAGUACAAGGAUCAGGUCAUGAUGGAGGAUCAGCAGCCCCUCACAUCACCAGUCAGAUCCAGUAAGAGAACAGCACCAGAGAGGUGUCCCCGUCCUCUUGAUGAACAGAAUAUGGAGGACAUUCAUACAAGGAAAGAUCUGAUCUAUAUUAAUGCUACAGACAUAAAAGAAGAAGGAGAGACAGAUGUGAGCAGUGAUGAGCAGUAUAAGGAGGACAUUCCUACAGAGAAAGAUCUAAUCUCUAUUAAUGCUACAGACAUAAAAGAAGAAGAGACAGAUGUGAGCAGUGAUGAGCAGUAUAAAGAGGACAUUUCUACAGAGAAAGAUUUGAUCUAUAUUAAUGCCACAGACAUAAAGGAAGAAGAAGAAGAGACAGAUGUGAGCAGUGAUGAGCAGUAUAAGGAGGACAUUUCUGCAGGGAAAGAUCUGAUCGAUAUUAAUGUUACAGACAUAAAGGAAGAAGAAGAGACAGAUGUGAGUGGUGAUGAGCAGUAUAAGGAUGACAUUUCUACAGAAAAAGAUCUGAUCUAUAUUAAUACUACAGACAUAAAGGAAGAACAAGACACAGAUGUGAGCGGUAAUGAGCAGUAUGAGGAGCACAUUCCUACAGUUAAAAAUCAGAUCUAUAAUAAAACUACAGACAUAAAGAAAGAAGAAGAGACAGAUGUGAGCUGUGAUGAGCAGUAUAAGGAGGACAUUCCUACAGGGAAAGAUCUGAUCUAUAUUAAUACUGACACAAAGAAAGAAGAAGAAACAGAUGUGGGCAGUAAUGAGCAGUAUAAGGAGGACAUUCCAACAGGGAAAGAUCUGAUAUAUAUUAAUGCUCCAAACAUAAUAGUAAAAGCAGAAGAGACAGAUGUGAGCAGUGAUGAGCAGUUUAAGGAGGACAUUUCUACAGGUAACCACCCAGAUUCUUGUACCAGGAGAUCAGAGGAGAAUCUUAUAUCUUCAGAUUAUAAAGCAGAUGAUGAUAUCACACAAGAUACAUAUGAAGAACAUUCCAUUAUCCCAGAUACACCCUCAGCCCUUCACAGCCAAGAUCUGUCAUCUCAUCCUUAUAUACAGGUCCUGUCUUCUCAGUCAUCACAGGAUGUUCAGCAAAAUAAAGGUCACAGAAGAGGUGUUAAAGAUAAAAGAGCUCAAAGAGGAAAGAAGCCAUUUUCAUGUUCAGAAUGUGAAAAAUCUUUUACUUCUAAAUCACAUCUUGUUCAACAUAAAAGAACUCACACAGGGGAGAAGCCAUUUUCAUGUUCAGAAUGUGAGAAAUGUUUUAAUACGAAAUCAAAUCUUAUUCAACAUCAAAUAGCUCACACAGGAGAGAAGCCAUUUUCAUGUUCAGAAUGUGGGAAAUGUUUUGCUCUGAAAUCAAUUAUUGUUCAACAUCAAAGAACUCACACAGGAGAGAAGCCAUUUUCAUGUUCAGAAUGUGGUAAAUGUUUUACUCAGCAAUCAAAUCUUGUUAAACAUCAAAGAAUUCACACAGGAGAGAAGCCAUUUUCAUGUUCAGAAUGUGGGAAAUGUUUUACUCAGCAAGCAAAUCUUGUUAAACAUCAAAUAAUUCACACAGAAGAGAAGCCAUUUUCAUGUUUACAAUGUGGGAAAUGUUUUACUCGGAAAUUAAGUCUUAUCGGACAUCAAAGAACUCACACAGGGGAGAAGCCAUUUUCAUGCUCAGAAUGUGGGAAAUGUUUUAUCCUGAAAUCAAUUCUUGCUGUACAUCAAAGAACUCACACAGGGGAGAAGCCAUUUUCAUGUUCCGAAUGUGGGAAAUGUUAUACUGGGAAAUCAAAUCUUGUUCAACAUCAAAGAACUCACACAGGGGAGAAGCCAUUUUAAUGUGCAGAAUGUGGUAAAUGUUCUACUGGGAAAUCAAAUCUUGUUAAACAUCAAAGAACUCCCACAGGGAAGAAGCCAUUUUCAUGUUCUAAGUGUGGGAAAUGUUUUACUCAGCAAUCACAUCUUAUUAAACAUAAAAGAACUCACACAUCUAUAUAUUAACCAAGUACAUAGGAUAGUUGACAGUAAUACAUACUCAUAUAUAUUUAUACAAUAUAUGCUUCAUCUCCAAACUUGUUAUUAAUUUUUAAGAAGUUUUCUUUCUUAUUAUUUAUUCUUAUAUUCAUCUCCGCACACUGGACUGAUAAUAAAUGUAAUA